AUGACGCUGGUGAGUUUUACCUAUUCCAAACUGCACUUCUUUAUCAAAUUGUGGUUUAGAAACGACACUACCGUAGACCAAUUUGUGAGCCGUCUCAAUCCUGCUCCUACAGCUACCAACAAUUCACAUUUGAGCUUUGUGAUUGCCCAAACAUGAAAGUGUGUCCUGUGAAUAAUGGCGUUCAGCUCAAAGGAAUUACAUAUCAGGUUUGUGGUGACGACGGUGACGAAACUAAUCUGAAGAGCACUUGCGUCACGGCAACAAAGCUAUAAUCAAAGUACACUGGCGUUGUGAAAUUCCAAAAAUAACCUUUUGACGCCUGUAAUUUGUCUAGGUCUUGGGUACUUUGAGGCUGUUUGGAACCUACGCGUUGCUUGAAAUGCUUAGAAAAGGUGCUGCGGAGGUUUGAACUAGAAAACAGGAAACUAUGAAUACUGGGUACAUUUGAGAACAGAUUUUAGCCAUUUGGAAAGUUGGAACUUUUAUGAAAAUACGAUUAUUGACACUAACUUCCAAACGCAACUUGCUGUUUUAGUGGUGAAAUAAGUUUGUUCUACUGAGAUGGACACGUUUUUUAAUAAGGAGCUGAAUAUUUCUUGGUAACGAGCAACGGUUCAAUUCAGCUAGAGAGCCAUACAAUUAUUUCGUAAACUAUUAAAGUCCACUUGUGAAAAAUACAUUUGAAAAGGAAAGCAGCAGAUGAAAACAGCUUCUAAAAGUGCUCUUUACAGUUCAAAUUUACUCAUGUUUAUUGUGAAAUUCCAGUUCUGUUCUGCACGAGAUCUUCCCGUGUGCAGAUCCGAUGAGAUAGCAGCCGAAGUGAACAUUCUACAGACUUCCAUUUACUGUGUCUGCCCAAACAACAAAAUUUACAUGAAACAGAAGGGCACCUCCAACGCAAAUGCUAAAUACGUGUGUCAGGAAGUGAGUUUGUCAGUCACAUGCCUACAUUUCUGUCAGGUCUCUCUGGUUUGUUUUGACAUAAAUUCUAUUUUUGUUUGCCAUUGAGCCGGGGCCAAUCAAAGUCAGAGUCUUACCGAAUGACCUGACAAAUACAGGAUAGAAAAAAUUGUUAAAAUAAACGCAUUUCUAGAAGCGAAAGUUCCGGAAGUUGGCUGAACUUGAACUUCGCAUUCGACAAUCUAUAAUCACGGGUAAAAAGAUUGCAGAUCUGACGUAUUCUUCUAAUAACAAUACCCUUUGUCCAAAAACCAUUUCCUUGUGUGUUCUGUUCUUCGCCAACCCAUUUUCUUUGGAAAAUUACAUUAAUAAUUCCUAAGCAUGGUGUAUUCUUAUGACGAGUAUAGCUUUUUUACUCAGAUGAUGUAUAACGACAUUUAUUAUUCUUUCCAGAAAGCAAUGUGCGAGCCUGGACAUAUGUGCGGAGUAGGAAAUCCUCUCGUCGGAAUCAAGUGGGACAUACCAAAAUCUGGAAAACAUUUGAAACCUUUCUGAAAAUUUUCAGGUCGCUUUGUCAAUGCGCCAACCAUUACUUGUGCGUGCCUUCGACUCCAGAUAUCUUCAGUCCACUCUCGAUGUUGAACGCUACUUGCAAACACAGCAAAGAUCUUCCUUAG